ACAUAUUUCAGCACAGCUGAGUUUUGCUUUUUUAGAAUAGUUUUCGAAUUUUUUGAAUAGCUAUGAAUGUGGGUCGCAAAUUAAUUACAUCUUUACAAUAUGGGGUUCCAAAACAUUUAUUGCGGAACACGUGCAAAAUCGCAGUGGCGGUAGAUGAGAGUCUGCUAACAAGAUUAGAUAAUAAUGAGCUAAAACCGCGCCAACAUCCAGGCAUUGUCAAAUUAGGAAGAGUUGAAUUGCCAAGUAAUUUAUGCAAUGUCUUGGAACGUGUUAUCGGCGAUUAUCCAGUGAAAAAAAUUUUGAAGGACUGUAAAGAACUCGAUCAGUACAUUCAUUCUCGUCAUCCACCUAUUGAGCAGCUAGAAUUAAAUGCUAAGACAAAGUCAAUUAUGGAAGAAGUUGAUCGGCGGAUGCCGCCUGAACAGUUGUCACUACUAGGAGAAGAAGACGGAACUCGAUGGCGAAGAAAACGUGAAAAUUUAAUUAAGCGGUUAACAGCACAGCGUACAUAUGCAUGGAAGCCAAUUGAAUAUGGAACAUAUGAGUCUUUGGUUUACGCCAUUGGUCGAGGUGUAAGGGAGUAUGGUGUCCUAACAAGCAUUUUGAACGAGUUGAAAACACGCGACGUUGGAUUUCAGCCGCGAAGUUACUUUGAUUUCGGUUCGGGGGUUGGCACUGGUAUGUGGGCGGCUAGCAAUUUGUGGAGAGAUUCGAUUUUUGAGUACUACAAUGUGGAUAGUUCACGCAGUAUGAACGAUCUUUCUGAAUUAAUAUUGCGCGAAGGCAAUGAAAAUAAGCAAAUGGUGCUGCGUAAUGUUUAUCACAGACAAUUCUUACCUGCUAUAGAGACAAUGUAUGACCUGGUGGUAUUAUCUUAUACACUUUUUGAGCUUCCAAGCUCAGAAAGUCGGAAAGAAGUACUACUUAACUUGUGGAAAAAAUGCAAUGGUUAUUUGGUCAUUGCAGAAGAAGGUACCCGACGUGGAUAUGAAUUAGUUAACGAAGCUCGAGAUUUUAUUUUGAACCUACAGAGCGAAGAACUCAAGGGUGAAGUUUUUGCCCCGUGUUCUCACAAUUUAGCAUGCCCGCGACUUGCAAAUAUUGCCGAUCGUACGCCGUGUAAUUUUGAAGUUGCCUAUGCGCCUUUGCGUUUGGGCGACAUAAAUGAUGAACGUCACACCGCUCGCUACGCUUAUGUUGUAUUGAAGAAAGGGGAAAUUUCAGAUGCUACCCGCAACUGGCCUAGGCUUGUUCGUCCCACUCUGCCGCGCUCAAAACACGUAGUUUGCCGAAUGUGUACAAUGGAUGCCAAAUUGCAAGAAGUCAUCUUUACGCAAUCAAAGCAUGGAAGGCAUGCCUACCGAUGUGCCAAAGCGAGUGACUGGGGGGACAGAUUGCCAAUUACCUUGGGCGGGCCACUUCCAACAGUACGAAAAACCUUCAAAAGAAAAGAAGAAAGAAAUGAUAAUGAGCAAAUAGAACAGCUAAAUAACAAUUUAACGUAAAAAUAGAACAAAUAUACUUUAAUUAUAA